CUAGUUUGUAACUGAUCGUUCAUCAUGAAGGAAGGCUGGAGUAUAGUUAACAAGAAGGUUUCAAGUUUGGAGGAAGGGCUAAUCAGUACCGAAGAAAUUCCAUGCGCGAAACACGUGAGACCGAACAAAAAAUGGAAACAAUUAAUACAAUGCGUGAAAUUAAUCCUAUACUUGGAACUGGUAUUGUUCGUUGGAUGGUUAUGUUACGCGAUGUGGCAAACUUAUCGUACCGAAUCGAUUCAAGCCAAGGUUAUGGACAAUAUCGGAAAAGUGGAGUCCGAAGCUCUAUUCGAGCAUUCGGCAUACGAAAGGACAACAAAUUCGUAUGAUUAUUCUUAUCAAGUGGACAACAUCUUGAUGAAAAAUCUGUUGCUAGAUGACCUCGUGGUGUCGAAAGAAAGCUCAAAAAUGAGAAAGAACGAGCCCGAUAACAGAGAAUCUGACGUCACUACUAGUACAAUGAAAACUAAUUUGCAAAACGAGGAAGAAGAGCAAACGAACGAUGAGCAAGAGAGGAACAAAGAACGAGAAAAGAACGUAGGGCAAGAAGAAGAAAACGAAGAACAAGAAGAAAAGUACGUAGAACGAGCAGAGAACGAAGAGCAGGCUGAGAAGAAGGAGGAACAAGAAGAAAAGAACGUAGGGCAAGAAGAAGAAAACGAAGAACAAGAAGAAAAGUACGUAGAACGAGCAGAGAACGAAGAGCAGGCUGAAAAGAAGGAGGAACAAGAAGAAGAGAACGAAAAACAAGAAGAAGAGAACGAGGAACAAGAAGAAGAGAACGAGGAACAAGAAGAAACGAAUGAAGGACAAACAAAGGAGGAAGAACAAGAAGAAGGAAGAAAUGAAGAGCAAGAAGAGUGGUACGAAACCCAAGAAGAAAAGAAUGAAGACCAAGAAGAAAAGAAUGAAGAAGAAAUAAAGUACGAAGAACGAGGGGAAAAGAAUGAGGAACAAAUAAAGGACGAAGAGAAAGAAGAAGAGGCCGAAGAACAGGUAAAGGACCCAGAGCAAGAAGAAAGGUUCGAAGGACAAGAAGUAAGAGAAAACUCGGAGCAAGAAGAAAAGUACGAAGAACAGGAAAAAGGAAAGAGCGAAGCACACGAAGAAACUUCGGAAUCUUAUAGUAUAAGCAGUGGAUGGGAUGAAGAUGCUUCAGAAUUGUGGCAUUCGCCGGCAGUAAUUGAAUGGAGACCAAUUGAAUCAGGGGAAACGCAAGACUACUUCAAGAGCUCGGAAUCGCAAGAAACGGAAUACACGAAAGAGGAGAAAUUGGAGAACUAUUUACUUUUCUCGUUGAUGCUGGAGAAUGCUAUGAGAGAUCCCGAAGCUGAGGAAGGUGUCGUCGUUGACGGACACGAAUGGCAAGAUGACACGACAUCGUCUAGUGAACGACGCGCAGAAGAAUCCACGAAUGAAAAUGAGGAGCCGGAGGUGGCCGUGGACUUUGACAAGGUGGAUGAAAAAUCUAACGAAACGUCAACUGCCAAAUGUUCCGGUGACAAUGAAAACGUGAGUCUUGGCCUAGAUGUCCUUGAAGAUGAGCAUAAAGAAGCAAAAUCGUCGGUGGACGCUAAUCAGAACUCGAAGGUUGAGGAAAGUACACCUGAAAGUACACCUGAACAUGUCGUGCAACAUUCAGAAGAGGAAUAUUAUGAUGGGAUUUCAGGAAUUGAAGAUUCUGAUUGGAAUCCCGAAUUUGAUUUAUCGGAUUAUGACAUGGGUCAUGAAAUAGUCUGGCACCCGCCCGAAUUAGACAUGACGUGGCAACAUGGAACAUUAUCUCCGCUACCACCGCCAUAUUUUCCCAGGGGAUGUGAGAACGUUUAUACUAGAUCUUUCCCGACAGUUCUUGGAUCAAUUUAUUGUUUCAAUCGUAUGCGACUGAUGAAACGCAGCAAUGUCGAAUCAGCGGAUACGAACCAAGAUCACGAGGAAGUACAUAUGGACAACGGGGAAGAAGCAUCCAGUGACCAUAUAGCGCCACAACUUUUGAAGGAGAAGAUUCAAAAUGACGUUAUAAGUGGGUCCAUACACAGAGUUGCACGAGACAUUUCUAAAAAUCCAAUUAACGAAGAUACAUCGGUUAACACGAAUGACAUGAAGUUUGUCCCCGAGUGGCAUAACGUUAAUGACAAAACAGAGUACAACGGUAAUGACGAAAUGCUGAAAGACGAAUUUGACCAAUUGUCUCAGAGGCUGAUGUUGCUAGCACAGCACAUCGAUAAACUGCAAAACCAGUUUCUACGUUGCAACCACCUCACCGACGAUUACGUGUCCAAAGAAAUUGCAUCGUAAUAUUUAGACGAACAGUGACGUAGCUAGGGUUUCCUCCGCCCCCUUGCAAUACUCGAAAACACGCAUUGAAGAGCAAAAUCGUGACGAUUAUUACGUUGCCAAUUUAAUUGGCAAAACGUAUAAUUGUAAAAAGGACGUAUUUAAAAACCUCUUUUGAAGUGGACGUGUAAAGAUACUCAAAUUUUUGA